AUGCACUCGCUCCAAGUUGGGUUUUAUACAACUUCAUGCACCUUAGCGGCGUUAAUCGUCAAGGACGAGGUUAGAAAAGGGUUCUUUAAGAACCCAGGAGUUGCAGCUGGUCUUGUGAGAUUGCACUUCCAUGACUGCUUUGUUAGAGGCUGUGAUGCAUCGGUGCUCAUUGAUUCCACUUCCUCAAACAAGGCAGAAAAGGAUUCACCGGCGAAUAACCCAAGCCUACGAGGAUUCAAAGUCAUUGACAGUGCAAAGGCUAGACUGGAAGCUGUAUGCAGAGGUGUUGUAUCAUGCGCUGAUAUAGUUGCAUUUGCAGCCAGGGAUAGCAUAGAGAUAACUAGAGGGCUUGGAUAUAUCGUUCCUGCUGGAAGAAGAGAUGGCAGAAUUUCACAAGCUUCAGACACAUUCACAAACUUACCUCCCCCAUCAUUCAAUGUCGACCAGCUCAGUGAACUUUUUGCAAACAAGGGUUUUACACAAGAAGAAAUGAACAUCAAGGCAGGACCCAAGUUUAGACCCCCAGAACGCAGCUCAGUUGAAGCAGCAAUGCCCAAGGGCAACACAAGUCCAAACUUGGUAGUUCCGAUGAACCCCGCCAGCCCUGCUGUCACUGACACCAGCUACUACGCCGACAUUCUUGCAAACCGAGGCUUGUUCACAUCAGACCAAACUCUCCUCACAAACUCAGCAAACGCAAACCAAGUCAAUCAAAAUGCCAAGAUGCCCUUCCUUUGGAGGACUAAAUUCGUUACUGCAAUGGUGAAGAUGGGCAGACUUGAAGUCUUAACAGGCAAUGCUGGUGAGAUUCUUAACAGCUAG